AUGGAUGAUGAAGAGCGAUCAAAGAAAGAAAAAGAUGAAAAGAAGAAGUUGGAUACUUUGGCCAAGAAGGGCGCGAAAGUAGGGCCAAAGAAGAAAGGAGGCAAGCCUGCUGCUAAGCCAGGCUUGGAAAAAGAUGGUGCAAGGGACAAGUUGAGUGAGUUAUAUCACUUGCAUAAUCCUGACGUAAUUUGUAUUGCAGAACUGCAGGUUUUCUGCACUAUUCGUUUCGUUAGGAGUUUAAGAUUGGUGGAUUUUUGUGAAGAUGUUAUUACAAAUGAGGUUGCUGGCGAAAAGGGUAAUAUUUGGGUCAUGUGGAGAAAUUAUUUGGCAAGGCCUGAUGUGUUAUCUUCUUCAAAGCAAGCGAUUACUUUGAAUAUUGAUGGUGAUUUUGUUACGGCAGUCCAUGCUUCAUUUGAUCCGGUUACAAGAAGAAGACUUUGGCGUCAGUUGGGUCUAGGUUUUAUAUCUAUUCCUUGGUUGGUGUUGGGGGAUUUUAAUUGCGUCUUACGAUUAUAUGAAAAGAAGGGUGGUAGGACGAUUAAGGAAGUUUAUGUGAAUGAGUUUAGGAGUUGGAUUUCAGACAAUGGGCUGGUGGAAGCUGAUGCUAUUGGAAAAAGAUAUAUUUGGUCUAAUUGUGGUAGUGAUAAUCAAAGAAUUGUUUCGAAGCAUGAUAGAGUGGUUGUAAAUGAUGCUUGGCUUUACAAAUAUCAAGCUAAAUUAAAGCUUGAAACUGAGAAUGAUAUUUUGGAUUAUGACUACGGCAACGAGUUGCAGUUUGUGAAGGUUGUUGAUGCUAAGAAAUCUGUUGAUGAUGAUGAGAUAAAGGAUUACAUUGUAAAUCAUUAUCAAAAAAAAUUCAACGGUGGUGAUGUUAAUAUUGAUCCUAGGAUUUUCGAUAUUGAACAUGAGAGCAUAACUGAUGCUGAAUGUGCUUUCAUGGAUGCUAUUCCGUCUUUGGAAGAGGUUAAAGAAGCUGUUUUCGACUUAGGAGCUGGCUUUGCGCCUGGUCCGGAUGGCUUUACAGGUUAUUUCUAUAGACAAUGUUGGAACAUUAUUUCUGGUGAUCUUUUUAAUGCAAUUGCAAACUGUUGGGCUAUGCGAAAAAUUUCCAAUGACAUUAAUUUUAGUUUUAUAGUGUUCAUUCCUAAAAAUAACAAAUCUGAUGCUAUCAAGGAUUAUAGGCCAAUUGAGAAAGUGGCGUUUAUGAAGGGAAGGAACAUUCAUGACAAUAUAGCUUUGGCAUCGGAGUUGAUCAAUGAGAUCAAUAUGGAAAGGAAGCAUGGAAAUAUUGGCCUCAAAUUGGGUAUUGCCCAAGCUUUUGAUAAGAUCAGUUGGGAGUUCAUUACUGAAGUUUUUAGGCAAUAUGGAUUUUUCGAAAAUUGGUGUUCAUGGAUCAUUAGUAUUCUGAAUUCAUCUCGGAUUUUUGUUAUGAUAAAUGGUAGCCCGGAAGGUUUUUUUAGUAUCUCUAGAGGUUUGCGUCAAGAUGAUAUUCUUAUUUUCUGCAGAGGUAAUUUACAUAGUUUGCAGAAUUUGAAAGAUAUGUUGGGUAUGUAUCAACGUGCUUCUGGCCAAUGUUUAAGUUAUGCUAAGAGUAAGUUCUACUAUGGAGGUGGUACUGGCUCUCGUGUUAUUGUUAUAUCUAAUUAUUUGGGAAUGGAAAGAGCCUUUUUUCCGGAUAAAUAUCUGGGAAUCCAACUGAAGCCUGGUAUUGUUCGUCACAUUCAUGUCCGUCAAGUGGUGGAGAAAAUUAUGGACAAGUUGGCCGUCUGGAAGGGUAAGCUUUUGUCUUUUCAGGCUAGACUUGUUUUGAUUAGAUCGGUGAUUUCUAGCUAUGUGCUUCAUUUCAUGGCUGUGUACAAAUGGUCGUGUACGGUGAUUAAACAGGUUGAGAGGUCCACUAGGAAUUUUCUAUGGUCGGGUGAUGCUGAGAAACAUAAAUAUUUUACGGUUCUUUAUGAUGAUUUGUGUUGUUCGAGGCGUGAAGGUGGGCUUGGCCUUAAGAAGUUAUUGGAUGUUAAUAGGGCCAUGCUCAUGAAGUUGUGGGUUUCUAUUUGGGACUCAGACAAGACUUGGGCCAGAUUUUUGAGGGUGAAAGACACACUCGAUAAUUGGUGUGGUGAUUUUUCGAUUGCGAAACGACUUGGAAUAUUUUCCAAAGGCUCUAAUGAUUUUACGGCUAAGGUAAGCGAUAUUAUUGUUGAUGGUGCUUGGGCCAUACCUCUAAAAAUGAGGGAACUGGUGAUUCGUUGUAACAUUGAUCUUGAGAAUUUGCCGCUUAUUUCUGGUGGUGAUGAUUACAAAAUUUGGGACCUUGAUAGUAAGGGCGUUUUUUCAGUCAAGUCUGCAAAGGCAGCUAUUAAAGCGCCAACUGAAAUCCUUCCUAUUGCGGCUUUGUUCUCUAGGAAAGUUGUACAUCCUACUUUGAGUGUACAAUAUUGGAAGAUUUGGGCGAAGCAAUGUUGUGCAAGUGAAGAUAAUAUUAUUAAGAAGACCGGUAGGAGCAUGCCUACAAUGUGCCGUCUAUGUAGGAAGAGUUGCGAGACUAUGAACCAUAUCACUUGGCAUUGCAGAGUUGCUAAGAGAAUUUGGGUGUGGACGGCUAAUAUUUUUGAUCUGCAGCCCAAGGAAGAUCUGGUGGCCUCUUACAAGGCUGCUAAGGGACACAGCAGGAUGAUAAAGGAUCUGUGGUUGGUUGCUAAUCUUGAAAUUGUCACAGUGGUAGAAUAA